AUGGCCCCAAGCUAUUUUUACCUUCGGCCGGGCGUUUUCAACCUCGUGGGCUUCUCGUACGGCAAGGUGGACGGCACCCUCGCACGCGGAGCGAAGGUGAAGGUAAAGCUGGUGCAGAGUGGGCGCUGGUCGGAGGAGCCCUCGCAAGCUGUCGAGCUUCCCCAGGAAGAGCUGGCCCUAAGAGUCGUGUCAGCCGCAGAAGCCGAGAAUGGUGUCGGUACGUUUGUGGGUGGCGUCAUCUGCAUGUCACGGGUCCGCCCCGGAACAGCUCGGGUCUGGGAUUACGGCUUAGUGAUCGGAUACAGCUGGGAACCUGAGCUGCAACAUGGCCUGCUUGAUGUGAACUUUCGUGGUGUUGAGACCUCGUUGAAGUUCGUAUCGGACACUACUCAGGAUGUUGCAGUCGAGAUUUAUGCCUUCGUGAUGGCCGGAGAGAUGAGGCAAAUACACGACAAAGUGUAUAACAAGUUCAAUGGGAUCGACCAACCAGCGAUCAGAGAUGCUACACAGCUGCUGGAGGGGGUCCGGAGUGAUGAACUUGACGAGGCCCGAAUUCUGCCUCUGCUUGAUAUUGGGAAUUUUGCCAUCGCAGAGGUCUCAGUCCAGCACAUACUCGACUACGUCUACUACAAGGACGGUGGGCGGCCGCACCCAUCGGAGGCAAUCUUUGGUGACACCAUCUUUGACAAACCGAUCGCGCAGCAGGAACCAAGAACCCUUGCUGCCACUGAGGUCGUGCUUAGCGAUGGCUUGAGUGACUCUGACGACGAU